AGAACUAACUCAUUCUUGUGCUCACUUUCGAUUCUAAUUCUGUCUACUCUCAUCUCAUGGCGAUAGCUAGUAUCCUGGCUUCAACCCAAAACCCCUUUUUACGUCUAAGUCAACCACCGUCUCCGGUGAGCCGCUCCGUCGUCUUCCACCGCUAUCUAGAGCCAUGUGGCAGACGAUGGAUUCCCAGAUCCAUUAGAGCAUGCCAACCUUCCGAAAAGCUUGGUGGUGACGGAGCCAUUUCAGCUUCAGCUCAAAGAUUACAUUUUGGCAACGAAUUUCUGAGUUUUGCUUCAGAUAAUUUCUUGCCUCUAGCUCUUGUUAGUGGAGUGGCUUUGGGCUUUGCAAAUCCAACUCUAGGCUGUCUUGCUGACAAAUACUCUUUCACUAAGAUCAGCACAUGUGGGAUAUUUAUUAUAUCAGGGUUGACUUUACGUACUGAAGCGAUUGGUGCUGCUGUUAAAGGAUGGCCUCUUGGAGUCUUCGGGCUAAUCUCUAUUUUGUUGCUCACUCCAUCCUUCUCAAGGCUAAUUAUGCUGGUCCAACUCCAACCUCGUGAACUUGUUACAGGGCUGGGUAUAUUUUGCUGUAUGCCAACCACCUUAUCAAGUGGUGUUGCCCUUACUCACCUUGCUGGUGGCAAUGCUGCUCUUGCUCUUGCUGUGACAGUGGCGUCUAACUUAUUAGGAAUUUUAACUAUUCCAUUUUGGGUAUCAAGAUACAUAGCUGGGGGAGUAGGGGUUUCGUUUCCUACUGACCAACUAUUCAGAAGUCUUAUAGUUACUUUGUUAAUUCCUUUAAUCAUUGGCAAGGUUAUUCGAGAAUCAUUCAAAGGUUUCGCAAACUUUGUUGACAAUAACCGUAAACUCUUUUCGAAAAUCAACGCAAUCUGCCUCAGUUUGGUGCCAUGGAUCCAAGUGAGCAGGUCAAGAUCACUGCUACUAUCCGUUAAGCCUAAGGUGUUUCUUGCUGCUGUUGGCAUUGGAAUAUUGCUGCAUCUUUCUCUACUAGCAUUCAAUGCUGUUUCAAUCCGCAUCCUCUCGGGUGUUUCAGGUGGUAGUAAGAACUCCAAGGAAAACACCACUGCAGUCUUGCUCGUUUCAAGCCAGAAAACAUUACCUGUAAUGGUGGCGGUAGUAGAACAGUUAGGAGGUGCAUUUGGUGAGACAGGGCUUUUGGUUCUUCCAUGUGUAGCUGCACACCUAAACCAGAUCAUGAUUGAUUCAGUUCUGGUCAACUUAUGGCGCAGGACGGGUGUUCAGUGUUCUUGUUGCUUACCUUUUCAGCUAAAGAAGAUGACGUCUCGUUUUUUCGCCCAGGGUGGAAGUGAAAGUGAAGAUGAGAGUGAUUAUGAAGAAGAGGUUAAUGAGGUUCAGAAUGACGACGUCACUAACCGUUACCUUCAAAGUGGUAGUGAGGAUGAGUUGGAUAUCGAUACAAAACGUGUGGUUAAGCCUGCUAAAGAUAAACGUUUUGAGGAGAUGACCUACACUGUUGAGCAGAUGAAGAAUGCUAUGAAGAUUAAUGAUUGGGUUAGCCUUCAAGAAAACUUUGAUAAGGUUAACAAACAGCUUGAGAAGGUUAUGAGGAUUACUGAGGCUGUGAAGCCUCCUACCUUGUAUAUCAAGACUCUUGUUAUGUUGGAGGAUUUCUUGAUUGAAGCCCUUGCGAAUAAGGAAGCCAAGAAGAAGAUGAGCACUAGUAACUCCAAGGCUUUGAACUCUAUGAAACAGAAACUGAAGAAGAACAAUAAGUUGUACGAAGAUGAUAUCAACAAAUAUCGUGAGUCUCCAGAAGUUGAGGAAGAGAAACAACCUGAAGAUGACGACGAUGAAAGUGAUGUCGAUGAUGAAGAAUCCGUGGACGGACUUAACAUAGAGCCUGAGUCUGAAGAUGAUGUGGAGGAACCUACUGAUAAUCUCUCUUGGGAGAAGAUGCUGAGCAAAAAAGAUAAGCUUAUGGAGAAGCUGAUUAAUAAAGAUCCUAAAGAGAUCACCUGGGACUGGGUCAACAAGAAGUUCAAGGAAAUUGUGGCUUCUCGUGGGAAAAAGGGCACUGCUCGAUUUGAGCUAGUUGAUCAGCUUACGCACUUGACAAAGAUUGCCAAGACUCCUGCGCAGAAGCUUGAAAUCUUGUUUAGCGUUAUUUCAGCUCAGUUUGAUGUGAAUCCAGGUCUCAGCGGGCACAUGCCUAUCAAUGUCUGGAAGAAAUGCGUGCUUAACAUGCUCACCAUACUGGACAUUCUUGUCAAGUACAAUAACAUUGUUGUGGAUGACACAGUUGAACCUGAUGAGAAUGAAACUUCAAAGCCAGCAGAUUAUGAUGGAAAAAUUCGGGUCUGGGGAAAUUUGGUUGCAUUCUUGGAGAGGAUUGACACUGAGUUUUUCAAGAGUUUGCAAUGCAUUGAUCCUCACACCCGUGAGUAUGUUGAGAGACUGAGGGAUGAGCCCAUGUUCUUGGCCCUUGCUCAGAACAUCCAGGACUACUUCGAGCGGAUGGGUGAUUUUAAAGCUGCUGCAAAGGUAGCCUUAAGACGAGUUGAGGCAAUAUAUUACAAGCCCCAGGAAGUUUAUGAUGCUAUGAGGAAAUUGGCUGAGUUGGUGGAAGAAGAAGAAGAAGAAGAGACUGAGGAGGCCAAAGAGGAGAGUGGACCUCCUACAUCAUUCAUUGUUGUUCCGGAGGUUGUUCCCCGAAAGCCUACCUUCCCAGAGAGCAGCCGAGCAAUGAUGGAUAUUCUUGUGUCCCUUAUCUACAGAAAUGGAGAUGAGCGAACCAAAGCUCGUGCGAUGCUAUGUGAUAUCAAUCACCAUGCUUUAAUGGACAACUUUGGGACUGCUAGAGACCUGUUGCUGAUGAGUCAUCUGCAAGACAACAUCCAGCACAUGGACAUCUCAACACAGAUUCUCUUUAACAGGACCAUGGCGCAGCUUGGUCUUUGCGCCUUCCGGGUUGGAAUGAUCACUGAGUCCCAUAGCUGCCUUUCCGAGCUGUAUUCUGGUCAAAGGGUGAGGGAGUUACUUGCCCAAGGUGUUUCGCAAAGCCGAUACCAUGAGAAGACCCCAGAGCAGGAAAGGAUGGAGAGGAGAAGACAAAUGCCGUACCACAUGCACUUAAACCUCGAGCUCCUGGAGGCAGUUCAUCUCAUCUGUGCCAUGCUACUUGAAGUCCCAAACAUGGCUGCAAACUCGCACGAUGCCAAACGCAGAGUGAUUAGCAAGAAUUUCCGCCGCCUGCUCGAGAUCAGUGAAAGGCAAGCAUUCACUGCGCCGCCUGAGAAUGUACGUGACCACGUCAUGGCAGCCACCAGAGCCCUGACCAAAGGGGAUUUCCAGAAGGCGUUUGAAGUUUUGAACUCUCUUGAGGUCUGGAGGCUGCUCAAGAACCGUGACAGCAUCCUUGAUAUGGUGAAGGAUAGGAUCAAAGAAGAGGCUCUAAGGACAUACCUAUUCACAUACUCAAGCUCCUAUGAGUCCUUAAGUCUUGAUCAGCUGGCCAAAAUGUUUGACGUCUCUGAGCCGCAGGUCCACAGCAUUGUGAGCAAGAUGAUGAUUAAUGAGGAGCUUCAUGCAAGCUGGGACCAGCCAACUCAAUGCAUCGUCUUCCAUGAAGUGCAACACAGCAGACUACAAUCAUUGGCUUUCCAGUUAACCGAGAAACUCUCGAUUUUGGCAGAAAGCAAUGAAAGGGCAAUGGAAUCUAGAACUGGUGGAGGUGGUCUGGAUCUGAGCUCAAGGAGAAGGGACAACAAUCAAGACUAUGCAGGAGCAGCAUCAGGUGGUGGUGGAUAUUGGCAAGACAAGACGAAUUACGGGCAAGGAAGACAAGGUAACAGAUCUGGGUAUGGUGGAGGAAGAUCAUCUGGACAAAAUGGUCAGUGGUCAGGGCAGAACCGAGGAGGAGGGUAUGCAGGAAGAGUUGGUUCAGGAAACAGAGGUAUGCAGACGGAUGGCUCAAGCCGUAUGGUGAGUCUUAACCGAGGUGUUCGUACUUAAAGAGGAUGAGGAGAAAUCUGCCGGCAGUGUUGACCUUAGGCUCAACCUUUUGUUAUGUUUUGAAUUCCUUUUUGUUAUCAAAUGGUUCUUUCUAAGAGAUGUUCAUCACAUUUUCUCGCAUUGUGAUUGCUUCUUUUCUUUGUGAUAUUGGCAGUUGUUGGAAAAAACUUUUGAGAAUGCUUUAUUGAAAAGUUUAAUAAGUUUUUUUUAUAUACGUCAUUCUUAUGGAGCUUAGAUUGUUUCUUCUCGUUUCUCGUACGCUUAUAGGUCUGUUUUUUGUGAGGUCUUAUACUCUUUCAUCUUUGUUUGCUUAGUUAUUUCUUCUCGAUGAAGUGUUUGAUUAAUCUCUUAUUAAGAACAUCUGUGAUUUAAUUGGCCACUUUCGUGGUUUAAAGAUGAUACAUCUCGAUGUUGUUCAUUUUUGUAUUUGGUUGUGACGACCAUAUAAAUGAAGAAGCUUUUGUUUU